AUGGAUGAUGACAAGGCAGGAGGGAGGCUCUCUGCAUUCCUGCUUUCGCAUGGGCCAACGGUUGGAAGUGCUGUGGUUUCAGCAAUGGAAAAAGGAGCCGUUGUAGCAGAGAAAGCAACGGUGGGCCAUGGAAUACAUCUUUUUCGCAGAGUUUGCAGGCCUGUGUGGGCAAUUGCCCACAUGGAGGGCCCUCUUAUAUGUAGCACUCCACUGCCCAUUACAGCUGCACACCCACCGUAUUAUGGUCGUUUCGUUUUAUCCCCACUUAUGAAGGGUCAAGCCGAUACAAUCGGUAUCGCGAUGCGAAGGGCUUUACUUGGAGAACUAGAAGGAGCAUGUAUUACGCGCUCAAAAUCUGAUAAGGUACCACAUGAAUAUUCUACGAUAGUAGGUAUUGAAGAAUCAGUCCAUGAAAUUUUAAUGAAUUUGAAAAAAAUUGUAUUUAGAAGGGAUCUGUAUGGAACUCUCGACGCAUCUAUCUAUGUCAGGGGCCCUAGACACGUAACUGCUCAAGAUAUCAUCUCACCACCUUCUGUAGAAAUAGUUGAUACUACACAGCAUAUAGCUGUCUUAACGGAACCGGUUGAUUUGUGCAUUGAAUUAAAAAUUGAGAGGGGUCGUGGAUAUUGUACGAGAACCCCAAAUAACUAUCAAGACGGAAGCUAUCCUAUAGAUGUUGUAUCCAUGGCUGUUCGAAAUGCGAAUCAUAGUGUUCAUUCUUAUGGGAAUGGGAAUGAGAAUGGGAAUGAGAAACAAGAGAUACUUUUUCUUGAAAUAUGGACGAAUGGAAGUUUAACUCCUAAGGAAGCGCUUUAUGAAGCUUCUCGUAAUUUGAUCGAUUUAUUUAUUCCUUUUUUACAUGCAGAGGAACAAGACAUAAAUAGAAAUAUGGAGGACAAUCAAUUGGAUAAUAUGAAAAGAGAAAUCAUAUUGAAACGUAUUUUUAUUGAUCAAUUAGAAUUGCCUCCUAGGACUUAUAACUGUCUCAAAAGGUCUAAGAUACAUACAUUGCUGGACCUUUUGAGUAAAAGUCAAGAAGAUUUUAUAAGAAUUGAGCAUUUUCGCAUAGAAGACAUAAAAAAAAUAUUUGACAUUCUACAGAAGGGUUUCACAAUCGACUUGCUUCAAACUUCAACUCAGUUUGAAUCCCGUUGA